AUUUGUGGCCGAUUUUCCAGCUAUUUUUGCCAAAUAGCAAGCUCCGUGUGCAUCCAGAUUUGCACUAAAACACAUCAAGAAUGCCUCCUAAGUUUGAUCCAAAUGAAGUGAAGUUCGUGUACCUCCGGUGUGUGGGAGGCGAAGUGGGUGCAACGUCAACCUUGGCCCCUAAAAUUGGUCCCCUCGGUCUGUCCCCAAAGAAGGUGGGUGAUGACAUUGCAAAAGCAACGGCAGACUGGAAAGGACUGAAAAUCACGGUUCAGCUGCGAAUCCAGAACCGACAGGCCACAAUUGCCGUCGUCCCAUCGGCGUCGUCGCUCAUCAUUCGUGCCCUCAAGGAACCACCACGGGACAGGAAGAAGGUGAAGAACAUCAAGCACAGCGGCAAUAUCACCUUUGACGACAUCCUGGCCAUCGCACGCACCAUGCGGGAACGCUCAAUGGCCCGGGAGCUUAAGGGGACAUGCAAAGAGAUCCUCGGAACUGCCCAGAGUGUUGGAUGCACCGUCGACGGCCGUAAUCCACACGAUAUAAUCAAUGACAUCAACAGCGGUGCCGUCGAGGUGCCGGCUGAGUAAGCCAGAAGUGAUGAUGUCCAGGAAAUACAAAAUUAAUAAGAAAAUUA